ACAAUCUUUAUUCUCUAGAUAACAUCGUGAUACGGACGGACACAAUACAGGGUCAUGUGGAUGAACAAUUUAUUAAAAUAACACGAUUUUUCUCUGUGUUUAUAAAUACAUGUUUAUUCACUUAUUUGGAAUUGUUUACGUCAGGCGGUUAAUUUAUAAUUUUUUGACAUAAGAACAAAAUAUAGUGAUAGUGUGACUUAUUAGUAAAGGAAUUUGUAGCUCUUGAAGUAAAGAUCAGAAAAACGAUAGGAGGAAAACGAACGAAGAUGCACAAAGGUUUAUCUUCUGUGUUAUCAAUAAUUAUAGUUAUCACCCAGGUACAGUGCGAUAUCGAUUAUAAAGUAUGUAACCCACUUAAUGCAACUGUUGUACCCCCUCCACCGCCGGAACUUGCCGUGUCGUAUUCGACGCGUGUGGAAUGGAAAUGGUUAAAUACAAACACGUCAGUGGAUAUCACGGAAAUUUACAACGGUAUCACGGAUAUGGGGAGCCAGGACAUGUAUAUUGAAGGUCAACAUGUCAAGGUCGUCUACGAUUAUAAGGAGAGCCAGUAUAUAACGUAUACACAAAGAGACGGAUGCAUCGUUAAUGGUCUAGGGACGCUAGCGUUCUAUGAUAAUAAAAUAUGGCUGACGGCAUUCAAACUCUUGUACAAUAUUGCAAGAAAAACAGAUGUGGCGUAUGUGGGUCAAGCUUAUGUAAGGUCGACUCUGACAGAAAAGUUUCAAACUUGUCUAUAUCUGUACCAAUUCAACAUCACUGUACAGUUAGAUAUGUACUUCUCAGCUUUCGGUUGGGGAAUGGCCCUAUCACGGCCUGAUGAAAUGGUUCCGGUAAGGCUAGAAAUGAAAGGAAGUGUCACAUACAACAAUACUAAAGCCGGCGUAGUGCCAUUCCACGUAGUUGGUGAUUUUAUUGAGUUUAAUCCAAAACCAGAGGUAGAUCAGACACAGAUGCAAAUACAGCCAGGAGUGUUCUGUUCGGGACGAAUGUCAAGAAAACCAAUGAAUAUUUUACCAGAUAGUUUCAGUCUUGUCUACGAGAAGAUAGACAUGGAUUAUUCGAGGAUUACGUAUGAAUCUAUAUGGUUUGAUUCAAAGAAACGACUGGUACGAAGAGAUUCUAAAGAAGCCAGUGGAAACGAUCCUGACCCGACCUCGGAAAUAUUUGAUUUCAAUUUAGGUGUGCAUUACUCAAUCGAUCCGUACAUGGGAAACUGUGAACCUAUAUCUCAGCUAGACUUGGGUGAUUUAUUUGUUGCAAGCAACGGUAACUUGACCAUACGUAUGAUGUCAGCUGCGGAAUUCUUUCACGCACAAAAUGCUAAAAUACAAUAUAUCGGAACAAGAGUGACACGAGGCGUGACAUGUGACGUGUGGGCGGGACUAUACCUGGAUGAAGAAGCCAAUAGAAAUUUUACAAUAGAAUGGUACUUUACUCAGGAUCAUUGGAUAGAAGCCGUCGGCGGGAUUAUACAACCAGCAUCAUUAUUUAGAAUAGAUAUAUGGCAGGGAGGUCAAGACAGACCAAUAGUUUACAAUGUGCUAAAGUUUAACAGUGAACCACCACCUCAAGAUGUGUUUGAUGUCGGUCAAUGUUUUGUGGCAUCUCAGAAGUACAGACUUCUCGUAUAUUUUGCAGUGGUUAACAAUGGAAGUCUGGACACAGUGAGCUACAGUUAUUUAAAAGAGACGCUUCAUUCACGCCUUGUUACAGCAGCCUUUCUUCCGCCGUUACGUCUCUCAAAAUUAUCUAUUGAAUUCGUGGGGAUAAGUGACGUAUAUGUUGACGCCAUGCUGUUGGAGAACUCCCCUUUGACAAACCCUAGGAUUGUCCCGCCUCCGCGACAACAACACACAAUGGAAGCUGCGUAUGAUUUCUUGAAGGGUCAGAUUGGCGGAAAGUUACGUAUAACACUCAGUAGUACCACACAUCAGAAAACUGUCAUACUUGAAAGUCGGGGUAUUUUGAAAAUCGACUACAGUCAAGAGUUUGCGGCUAUUACUACAACCUCUACGACAUCAACAACAGAGGCAACUCCGCCACCUCCUGACAUACCGACCACAACGAAACCAUUGGUUCCAACAAAAUACAACACACCAGACACAUUACCUACACAAAGACCAUGCACGUGCCCUACGCCGAAAUGUGCAACGCCAUCAAGUUCCCCGUGCCCAACAUUACCGCCAAGCACACAAACGCAAUGCCCAAAAAUUACAUGCCCUCCUUCAACAUGUCCCACGGUAAAUAAUCGCGCCUGUCCAAUUAGAACAUGUCCUACACCUCAACCAUGUCCAUCUUGUUCUACCCCUUCACCUUGUCCUAAAUCAACAGUGCCGACACCUUGUCCGACACCUGCUCCAAGCAUGUGCAUGAAUAAAACAUGCCCAGUGACUACUCCAUGUCCCAAAGUAACAUGUCCGAAAUUGACUUGCCCGCAACUGUCAUGCCCACCAACCAAACCUUGUAUUUCUGUUCCUUGCACUACGAACUGCCCCACUCCUCCAACAACAAGUCCGUGUCCAAACAUUGAAGGAAAUCUAGGUCAUCAGCAAAGUCAACAAAGUGAUAGUGACUCCGGAGUUAAAGGCGGUGUAGUUGCCGGAAUUGCGAUUGUGAUGGUCAUUGUCGGCAUUGUAAUAGGAUUUGCUGCAAUAAUAUUGUAUAAGAAAUUUAGAGUCGUCAGCCCUGAUAAAAGAAAUUUUAUAGACAAAUAUCUUGAUGACGAAGAAAGAUACUGAUAGUGGUGAAAAUAUUCAUGAUACAAAAUAUUUAACUUUAUAUAAGAAAUCAGACUUUACUGAAACUUACACAUGAGUCAUUGUGUUUGCGUAUAUUGUGACGUGCAGAUCUGUGAUAUUGAUGUAAUUAUUUACGUUGCCAAUCGGCAUUUCCGUGAAAUUCCGUAAAAAGUUUGUGUUUGUAUUUCCCGUUCUUUUUUGUGUACCUUAAUGCAUGCGUCAGGAAUCGAAUAUUUGCCAAAGACAGAAUACUUUAAUCCGUGAGACACUUGACCAGAAUCUGUCUAUAUUGAGACAAAUUUGGCGACUAAGUGUCAAUUUAAGUGUAAUGAAUUAUAUGUAUGUCAAAAAGGUUAACAUUUCAUCUCUAGGUAUUUCGUUCUCUAUGUAUAUAAAAAUUGUUUUGAACCGGAAGCAUUUCAUUAUUAUCAUUUUCCUUGCCAUGUAAAGGACCAUGGUAUUAUUAAGUUUAAUGUUUGUUGUCUACAUUUCCAAUAAUAAAAGCGUUGAUUUUGAGAA